AUGGAAGGAGGGGGUACGAGACUUGGCCGGGCCUCCUCGAGGUACGGUCCAACCCAACCGCCGCCUGUGUUCGACGGUCCAGUUAGAAAGUGGAAGAAGCAGUGGGUCAGUUCUCAGUCCAGUAGCAGCGAUAGCAAACGGAAAAGCACCCCUUCGAUCCUCCUCUGCAGAUGGACCCCGCUAUCUUCUACUGCCACCGCCGCUGACUCGGCCAACCCUGAUCAAACGCCCAAGCGCCGCUGCCGAUACACUCCGAUUGUUCCAAUAGAAAAGGAGAAGAAGGAAGCUCAAGAAAAGGUUAGCAAUGAAGGCAGUACAAGCAAGGAGAAUCAAUCUAAAGCCAGUGCAAACAUGGGAAGUGAUAAUAUUUUCGAAAAUCCCAGCAUUGGAGAUAUCUCUAAGGAAGAUACUCAGGAAGUGAGUGAAGGUCAAUCCGAUUCCAAUGACUUGGAUGGGGAAGAAGAUAGCUAA